CUGUGGCUCUGACUACAAUAACGUCACACGCCAGUGAAGUUACGGAGCUCGGUUUGGAUUAGCACGCAGUCGAACAGCUGGGCAUUUUUUUUUCAAAACAAUUAGCACCUAUUGAUACUUAGCAUACAUCUUGAUUAAUCGAACAACAUGGGUAACGCACAGCCCACCAUUGUCCCGUAUGAAGACUUCGACGCAGCCGCGGACAUCAAAACCAUCAGAAAAGCCUGCAAAGGUUUAGGAACGGAUGAAGAAGCCAUUAUUCAGAUUCUGGCCAAUCGUUCUUCAGCUCAACGUGUAGAGAUAAAACGGGCAUACUUUGAAAAGUAUGAUGAUGAGCUGGAGGAAGUCUUGAAGAAAGAGCUGACGGGCAGCUUUGAAAAUGCCAUUCUUGCCAUGUUGGAUCCUCAAUAUGUUUACUUCGCCAAGGAGCUGAAGAAGGCCAUGAAAGGCGCGGGCACCGAUGAAGCCGUGUUGGUGGAGAUUCUGUGCACAGCCACCAAUGAGGAUAUUAUGAGCUACAAGGAUGCGUAUUCUGCAGUUCAUGAGACAGAGCUGGAAGCUGACAUUGAGGAUGACACCAGCGGAGAUGUGAGGAACCUACUGAUGUCGCUGCUUCAGGCCAGCAGGGAUGAAGGUUACGAGGUGGACGAAGGUUUAGCAGAACAGGAUGCGAUGUCUUUAUUCGAGGCAGGAGAAGGAAGAUUUGGUACAGAUGAGUCGACCUUUACCUUUAUCCUUACUCACAGGAACUACAUGCAGCUCCAGGCCACUUUUAAGACCUAUGAGACACUUUCAGAAACUGAUAUUUUGGACACCAUCGAUGCGGAAGCGACAGGAACUCUGAAGGACUGUUACAUCACUCUCGUGAGAUGUGCAAUGAACCCACAGCUGUAUUUUGCUCGACGCCUUAAUGCGGCCAUGAAGGGCGUCGGAACCGACGAGGACACGUUGAUACGAAUCAUUGUCGGCCGUUCUGAGAUUGACCUGGAGACCAUAAAGGACAUGUACCUGGAGAAGUACGACGUGACUCUGAAGGACGCCCUGGACUCAGAAUGUGGUGGGGAUUUCAAACGUCUUCUCAUUGAGAUCCUGCACUAGGAUCCUUUACACUUUCCUCUCACGGGCCUUUAAUUUAACGCUAACGCACCUUUACUCGUUCUUCGCGUCUUCCUCGUUUUAGCCUCUGUGGACGUCGUGUCCCUGUCUGUGUCUUUAGAGACAGUUCCCGGUAUAUCAAACCAAUGCAUUUAUUGUCUAUUAAUUGCUGCUCCACUAGCAUAUUAUAUUACAUAAGUAUAUUAAAAAAAAAUAUAAACAAGUGAGAUACAGUAUAUGUACGUAUGUAGCUAUGUAGUUUUUUUUCAUAAUCACACACUUAAUAUGACUUAUUUAUUUUAUUUUAACUUAAUUAAUUAUAAAAUCGUUGUUAUUAGUCACAGAGAUCAAAGCAAUCUGAUGGGCCCGAUUAACAAGUGUUGCCUGAUGAAAUAGAAUUAAGAAAAAUAUAAUACAAUUAGAAUGCUUUAAAAAUAUGAAUUUUAUAGUCUUCUCCCCAAGUAUAUGUGUGGGGGUUUUAACUGGUUCUAGUCUUGUUUUUAACCUAACUUUUCACCUUUGUACGCAGGUAACAACCCGUUGCCUUUUUAAAAAAAAAAUGAAUUUAUCGGUUGUUAAAUUCAUUACUUACUUUUUAUGUUUCCAUUUAUCACUGUAACUCCUUUCACGUUACGAUAUAUUUCCGAAAACUAUAAAUGAUAUUUAAAAAAAAAACAAAAUUAUCCUCACACAUAAAAAAAUCAAUCUUUGUGAAACUUAAAUACACAUGCAACCAAUCAAAUUCGUUUCUUGUUCUAGAAUGGUAAUAAAUUCAAGAUGUCCCCCCA